GUAGCCGGCAAAUGAAACUUCCUUGAUUGGGUGGCACCCAGAGUACCAGCUGAUCAUGCACGGUAACAGAGGCUUAUGGACGUGAUACUUAAAAACAAAAGAGACACAAUUGUUAAUGUUAGUGAUAUAAAAUACACUAGAAUGUGGUCAUUAAUUAAGACUAUGUGCAAGUGAAUGACAUGUCUAAGAAGGAGUGCAGUUUUUAGCAUAGACGGCGUGUUGCCAAGUCGAGGAAUGUCGAUUGACUUAAACGUGACGUCACAUUAUGUGGUGAUAUUAUGGCGAGUGAAGCGGUGAAGAAGUCCGAUAAAGCAGCAGACACGGAGGCUCAGAAGGGGGCAGGACAGGGUGAAGCAGCUGGUUCAGACGAGGACGGUGUGGACUCACUGCUAGGAGAACCAGCGCACCAUGCUCGCCGUCCCAUGAAUGCAUUUCUUAUCUUCUGCAAGCGACACCGUGGUGUUGUAAGAGACCGUUACCCUCACCUUGAGAAUCGUUCAAUCACAAAAAUCCUUGGCGAGUGGUGGGCAAAUCUUGAACCACCUGAGAAGGCAUCAUAUACUGAAUUAGCACGCCAGUACAAAGAAGCAUUCCUGAAAGCAAACCCAGAUUUCAAGUGGUACAAGCUUCCUGCGCCACCACUGCGUACGCUCAUCACACGUCCAUCCAAUCAAAACAAACCUCAUAAGCUGGAGUGUCAGUUAACGUGCGGUCCUAUCACACCAGGCAAACUGGCGGAUGAAAGUCAGAUGGGAGGGCUGAGUAGCCUUCUGGCUUCUCCUCCCACAACGCCGACCACUCCUACCACUCCUACCACUCCGACAUCACCGACUGUACCAAAACCUCCGAAGAAACGAUAUCUGCAGGAGACCAUGGGGCUGCUAGUAGCCAGCACUGCCACGUGUCCUCCGCAGUAUAAAACUCCAACUGAAAAGGAGGAGACCAGCCCCUUGUUCGGAAAUGGACCAAGUGAGGGUUGUUCUUCAACUACAUUGGACUUCAGGUCUUCUUCUUCUUCUUCUAAGUCCUCCUCUGUGGGUUUAUCUUCAGUUAACUUCAUGUCACCGUUCACAAAACUAAGAAACCAUGCUGCAAACCAGCUGAAUUCAUUACAAGAGAAGAAGACACACCGUCGUAGGGCUAGUGUUGAUUCCGUAACAAAUAAGUCAAAGGAAGGGAAACUAGUAAAUUUGAAAGAUGGUUGUUCUAAGGCUAAAGGAAGUCAGAGUAACUUGAAUUUUAUAUCCAGUGUGCCAAGUUUACAAAUGACACCUAAGCCGAAAGAUGCUUAUGGUUGCGCGGAUGCUCCCGCAAAGUUGAGAGGCAGGCACCAUCGGAGUAUGAGUCACGACAAAGAUGGUUCUGUGAGUGGUUUAGAAAUGGUUGUCGCACCAUCCACUGUCAUCCAUCGGCACAUCUCCAGUGACAAGAAUUGGGAUCGUGUAAAACACCAUACCAGUCUGGAGACGACAAUAAAAGCAUCGCAGCAACAAAUUAUUGACAGGGUAGUUGAUAAACUCUGUGGUUUUGCAGAACAUCGUGCCAGAUCGCCAUCACCGCCAUCACUCCUGUCAAACCCAAGUGUUGGCUGCAAUAAUAAUUUUAUAAUUGAAAAGUCUCAGCCUCUGGAGACCUCGCCCGCCCUUCUAUGUCCUGCCAAACAACAGAGGAAUUUAAUGUCCUCACCUUUGCAUUCGACUAAGAGUACUGUGAUCUGCAGCAACAUUCUUGCGCCUAAGAGCGACUGUAAAUCACCACCAAUCAAAUCUCCAGUAACACCAGACGCACACAGCGUCACAUCUCUUUCGCCAGAGAAACAUCUCUGUACCACGGAGGGCACGGAAUGUGGUUUCAGUUUCGAUUCCAGUCAUGAAUUUGGUUUAAAGAACAUGAAUAAUAAUGUAUAUGUUAGUAAAGACGUUGCUUCGGAAAUGUGUAAGGAGGGUAGGAUGGGAAACUGCGGGCCUGAGGGGUGUUAUCCCAGUUUUGUUGAUUGUCGUACAAAUCUUGCUUCAGAAGUUGCAGGUUACGGAGAUGUCCGCACCAUGGCUAAGACUGCGGAUUCUGGAGACUGGAAGAAUCGUCGUAGUUUAUCGCCCUGCCCGUUGAAUUGUAACAGAGGCAUAACUUCCGGUGUUCACGAUAAGUUAACCAAGACUGUUAACGUGAUUGUAAGUCACACCGAACCAAAGAUAACGUGUAGCGAGUCUGACAGAAGUGAAGAAUCGCUGAGUGUUAUUGAUUUUUCAGGGACUUCUAAAACAGAAGAAAAUGAUCGCAGCAGUGAGUUUGAAAAUGAAAAUGUUUCCAAAUUGGUUGGUUAUCCCAAAGAUAAUAGAGGAUUGGGUUUUGUGCCAAAAUUGGAAACGGGGUUAGACAGUAUGGAAGGAAGUGAGUUAGUAUCCGCGCCGCAUUGUGAUGAUGACGCUGAUAUCAGAACAGUUUUGAUUCACAGUCCACCAGGGCAGAAUUUUCUUGCUAAAAAAGAAAAGUACACACGCAGUCAAGAAGAGAGAGAUCAAGGUCUGACGCAAAGGUUGAGUGAGGACAGGUCGUUUGAUCGUGCCGCGACAGAGAUGUCGGUGAGCUCUGCGUCCUCGGGAAGCGAAAAGGAGCGGCUUUCACCUCCCGUGUUCCGCGACAGUGUCCGAGAAUUACGCGCAACAAACGGUGACGGCUUGCUGUCAAGCGAUGGAUCUGAAAAUGUAGUCAAAGGUGAAAACGGCAGUGUCGAUGUCCCUCCAGAGUCCGGUACUGACGGUACUUUUAACAGUGUUCCUACAGUGAGUUCCACUUUGAGUGUCGAUGAUUAUGGGGUAAGAAACAGAUACAUAGAUAUAAUGAGGCCAAAGAAGUUGAUUCAUAGUUCAAAGAAAACUGCCUCAAAAUUAUCCACAUUAAAUUCAUUGGAACGUGCAAUGAACGGCACAGACAAUGAUAAAGAGACCUCAGGCGUUACCGUGCUUAAUGAUACAGGUACUCGAAAGACUUCUGAAGAAACGAGAACUCAAGACUAUUCCAAAGAAAGUGUUAGUGUGGCAAUCAGGCCAAAGACUUUGGAGUGUGUCGUUGAUUCAGCUGGAACAAAGUCGGAUCAAACGUUAAAGAAUACGAAGAACUGGGCAAGUGUUUCUGAGGAUGAAUCUCCUGUAGCGUCUGAUAUUCCACGAGAGCUUCAAAACUCGAGGGAAAUGCAACGAAGGAAAUCGCUACGUACCUGCAAAGGGAGACGUUACCAGGAAUUUAUGAGUGAAGGCCGUCUUGUACUUGGGAAGCGGACUAGGAAGAACAUGUUCGGCGGCAAUGACAGUUCCAGUGGUGUGGAUUUUCCACCAACCCAAGUUCCAAGGAGAGAAAGACUGGACUCCGGCUCCUCAACCACUAGUGAGAAAACUGAAAACUCUGAGGCAUUACAAGAGUCAGAUUUUGAAGUUCAACCCAAUAUCAGGCCACCAUCAUCAGGACUCUUAUUAAAAAACAAGCUGCCAACUGUAAAGAAAGAAAUUACUACCUCUAACCUGAAGCAGGGCAUUAGAAAGGCAGCCACGACAGGAAAACAGUUAAGUUAUUCCAUAAAAGAUGGAUCAUCACAAUCUGGAAAUUCAUCAUCGGACAAGAAAUCUAGGAAACGUUCAGAUACUUCAGAAGAAUCGUUUUCUGACUCCUCGCCAAAGAAACGAUUUCGAGCUGCAGAUUUUAACUUGGAUGAGAAGAUUGAGGCUUUACCUUCUCUGAGUUUGGAGGAAUUUCAACUGAAGAAGAAGGCGCGGAAGAAACGAAACCCUUCCAGUGGCAGCUUGAGAAAGACUGUGACGUCGUCCACCCCGGUGGCAGCUGCAGCAACUACGAGGCUCCGUACAGCCAGUCAGGACACGCAGAGUGCUUCAGGUAUGAGCCUUGAGAGUGACCAUGGUACAGAACAGAGGGUUACUGGUGUAAUCAAGGCAGUGUCUCCCCCUGGUGUAGCCGUGGUCAGCACUGCCCCCACAACCCCAGUCACAACAUCACACUUGGUUGGCAGCCAGAAACGUAAAGCUCGCAAGCGAUGCAUCACUCGACUUGAUCCAGAGAACGUUCGCAGAAGCAGAGACACCGCUGUAGUGGAACAAGACGUGUUGAAUAACAUUGGGCUGGCAACGCUAGCGGAAGUAGCAGCUGCCAAGAAGAAACUCGCAAAAUAGAACGUAUUUGUACGUAUAGUGAUGGUGAUAUUAAGUAAAAGCAGCAUGCUUCAGCCUGCAUAUACUGCCUUGUAUUAUGACUGUUAUUACAUAUAUAUUUUUUUUAUAACCUUAAAAUAUAUUUAAAGUGAUCUGAGUACAUGUUUUGAUAUCAGGAGCGUCGGGUCUUGUUUGCAGUAACGUCACCGUGUUUUACUGUAAAAUGCAGUGAAGCUAUACGCUAUUAUUUGGAAAUAUAUCCUGUUGAGUGCUUUGGCAUAGUGAUGAAUAGUUUUACAAGUCGAAAGAAUGGUGCUAUAAAUACACCCUGAUCUCUAUGGUUGAUACCUGGGUGUGAUGUCCUAAACUUAGUCAAGUAUAAGAUAAGUAAAUGGAAAAUAUAUGUACCUAUUGCAAAGUUGUGAGGGCAUAAACAGAUUUUAUUAUCGGCCACAAAAGAGGGUGUGGUACGGAAAUUGAAUGUUGUUUAAUAUCAGACUGGUAUUUGAUACAAAUAUUUCCCCAACUCCCUAGUGUAGAGACAGGAUAAGAUGUUAAAUAUUUGUUGUUGUUUUUUUUUAUUUGUACAAUUUUUUUUUUUGUUAU